UUGCUUUCUUUUAAGUCGGCUGUGACCGUGGAUCAGAGCAAUCUUGAGCCAUGAAGCUGCUAACCAGAGCCGGGUCUUUCUCGAGAUUUUAUUCCCUCAAAGUUGCCCCCAAAGUUAAAGCUACAGCUGCACCUGCAGGAGCACCUCCUUAUCCUCAGGAUCUUGAGUUCACCAAACUACCAAAUGGUUUAGUGAUUGCUUCUUUGGAAAACUAUGCUCCUGCAUCAAGAAUUGGUUUAUUUGUUAAAGCAGGCAGUAGAUACGAGGACUCCAACAAUUUAGGAACCUCUCAUUUGCUGCGUCUUGCAUCCAGUUUGACUUCAAAAGGAGCUUCAUCUUUCAAGAUAACCUGUGGAAUUGAAGCAGUUGGUGGCAAAUUAAGUGUGACCGCAACAAGAGAAAACAUGGCUUACACUGUGGAAUGCCUGCGAGGUGAUGUGGAUAUCCUAAUGGAGUUCCUGCUCAAUGUCACCACAGCACCAGAAUUUCGUCGUUGGGAAGUAGCUGACCUGCAGUCUCAACUAAGGAUUGACAAAGCUGUGGCCUUUCAUAAUCCACAGGCUCGUGUCAUUGAAAAUUUGCAUGCUGCAGCUUACCGGAAUGCAUUGGCUAAUUCCUUGUAUUGUCCUGACUAUCGGAUUGGAAAAGUGACAUCAGAGGAGUUACACUACUUUGUUCAGAACCAUUUUACAAGUGCAAGAAUGGCAUUGAUUGGACUUGGUGUGAGUCAUCCUGUUCUAAAGCAAGUUGCUGAACAGUUUCUCAACAUGAGGGGUGGGCUUGGUUUAGCUGGUGCAAAGGCCAGAUACCGUGGAGGUGAAAUUCGAGAACCAAAUGGAGACAGUCUCGUCCAUGCUGCCCUUGUAGCAGAAAGUGCUGCCGCAGGAAGUGCAGAAGCAAAUGCAUUUAGCGUUCUUCAGCAUGUCCUAGGUGCAGGCCCACAUGUCAAGAGAGGUAGCAAUACCACGAGCCACCUAUACCAGGCUGUGGCCAAAGGAACUCAUCAGCCAUUUGAUGUUUCUGCAUUUAAUGCCUAUUACUCAGAUUCUGGACUCUUUGGGAUUUAUACUGUCUCACAGGCUGCAGUUGCUGGAGAUGUUAUCAAGGCUGCCUAUAAUCAAGUAAAAACAAUUGCUCAAGGAAACCUUUCCAGUACAGAUUUCGAAGCUGCCAAGAACAAGCUGAAAGCUGCAUACUUAAUGUCAGUAGAGUCUUCUGAUGGUUUCCUGGAAGAAGUCGGAUCCCAGGCUCUAGUUGCUGGUUCUUAUAUGCCUCCAACCACAGUCCUUCAGCAGAUUGAUUCGGUGGCUAACACUGAUGUCAUAAAUGCUGCAAAGAAGUUUAUUUCUGGCCAGAAGUCAAUGGCAGCGAGUGGAAAUUUGGGACAUACACCUUUUGUUGAUGAAUUGUAAUCCUGAAGCACAUGUUAAAGGAGAAAGGUUAACAUUCUCUCACUCCAGAGCAGCAAAUAUGUGAAAGCCAGAAGUCACUGAUGUAACGUUUAUCUUUUUUUCAGUGAGAUAAAAAUACCUUAAAGCAUAAAUGAGCGUAAUUAUUUUCAGCUGACCUAAAGUCAAUAAAACAUUCUACUUAAAAAAAAAAAAAA